UCCAAAUCACGGAGUUUCCGUCAGGCAAGUAAACACACUAGAGAGGGGGACAGAGACAGAGAGAGAGACAGAGACAGAGAGAGGGCGAGAGAUAGAAAGAGACAGAGAGAGAGGGACAGAGACAGAGAGAGGGACAGAGACAGAGAGAGAGACAGAGACAGAGAGAGACAGAGACAGAGAGAGAAAGAGACAGAGACAGAGAGAGAGAGACAGAGAGGGGGAGAGAGACAGAGGGCGAGAGAUAGAUAGAGAGAGAAAACAGAGCGAGAGACGCUGAGGCAUAGGGAGAGAGAGACAGAAAGAGACAAUGAGAUAGAGACAGAGAGACAGAUAGAGCGACAGUGAGAGAGAGAGAGAGAGAGGCAGAGAGAGAAAGAGACAGAGAGAGAGGGACGGAGACAGAGAGAGGGAGAGAGAGUGGGACGGAGAGAGAGAGAGGGACAGAGACAGAGAGAAACAGAAACGGAGAGAGAGAGAGAGACAGAGACGCAGGCAGAGAGAGAGAGAGACACAGAGAGAGAGGGGGACAGAGAGAGAGGGAGAGAGUGGGACGAAGAGAGACGGAGAGAGAGAGAGACGGAGAGAGAGAGAGACGGAGAGAGAGAGACGGAGAGAGAGAGAGCGUGAGAGAGAGAGACAGAGAGAGACUGAGACAGAGAGCGAGAGAGAGACGGAGAGAGAAAUCACAGCACUCCCUGAGUUUCUCCAAAGAGAGCCAGGGGACAGCAGCAUUUUGCGAAGUGUGGAAGAGCGAGCCCCGUGAAUCGGUCCGACUGGGAAUCCCGGAGCUGAGCUGCACAGGAAGAUCCCACACCGAGGGCGCGACGGAGGGACAGUUUAUCUCGCCGAUGAAGCCUGACGAGGGACCAGGCCGCGUCGUCAUGGAGAUGGGGGAUCUCCCGGCCUGGAACCGGGACCCAGCCGCCAAGGCCCGGGAGGCGACGGGGGGCCUGGAGCGCUCUUGCGCCCGCUGCCUCCUGCCCUGGGGCGCCCUGCUGCUGGUGGUGGGCGCCUCCGUCCUUGCCCUGGGCUACGCCACCUCAGAACACGGCUCGGUCCUGCCCAGCCUGGGCUUGGCCGUCACCGGUGCCGCGGCGGCCAUUUUGUUGGCCAGCCUGGCCUCCUGGAGGCUUCAGUUGCGACGCAAGGCCCGACGGCGGGGGAGCCUGGGAACUCUGGUCGUCGGCUCGCAGGAGUGAAACCAAGGCCUAGAGUAUAUCCGUCUCCCUCCGACAGUGCGGCCCUCCCUCAGUACUGGGCACCGGGAGGGAGGGAGUGUGGGCCUGGAUUAUGGAGCUCAAGGCCUAGAGUAUAUCCACCUCCCUCCGACAGUGCGGCCCUCCCUCAGUACUGGGCACCGGGAGGGAGGGCGGGAGGGAGUGGGAUUUGGGGGAGGGGGUCGUUGCUGGGAGAGGGUGACGGGCGUCUGUGGAAAAGGCGAGCGGGUCAGGACGUUUUGAGGUGUGUGUGAUGUCAAUGUCCAGGGUCGGCUCCAUUAAACGUUGGAAUUGUCUCUCCGA